CAACAGGACUCAUCUACGAAGGAGUCAGAUUUGAGAAGGGAAACUGCGGGGUCAGCAUAAUGAGAAGCGGAGAGGCAAUGGAACAAGGUUUGCGAGACUGCUGCAGAUCAAUCCGCAUUGGAAAAAUCCUGAUCCAGAGCGAUGAGGAGACGCAGAGAGCCAAAGUGUACUACGCUAAAUUUCCACCAGACAUUUACAGGAGAAAAGUUCUUCUCAUGUACCCAAUACUAAGUACUGGUAACACUGUCAUUGAGGCUGUCAAAGUUCUUGUAGAACACGGCGUGCAACCAAGUGUCAUUAUCCUGCUAAGCCUGUUCUCCACACCGCAUGCUGCCAUCUUCCUCUCAAGAUCCCCCUCCAGAACACAUCUGGCCAGAAAUGAGGAGAUUAAUUCUGCUGCCACCUUUCAUCAAGCACAGCUUAAGGUCCACCACGAGAUUUACGCUAGAAACACAGGUUUGGAUCGAUAG